AUGCUCUUCGUGCAAGCCUGGCCGUCCACGGGGCGGUUCUGGCGCAAGGAAAACCCCACCCCGGCUGAGUUGCGAUACAUGAGGUUUGGUCCCUCUUCGUCAAAGUUACAGGUGCCGCGAUCACCGCCGCAGACGGAGGAGGAUGCCUUCACCAAACAACUGCGACGGAUCGAUGCUUUGGAAUGGGAGAAUAAAGAUAGAUGCGAGGAGGCGUACUUCGGCGAUUCGCUGGACAUAGGCCUCCGCAGAUUUCGGCAGGCAACCUACGGGAGCUGGAGCAGCGUGAACUGCUAG